GCAGAUAAACCCCGCCCUUCUCGUAACCACAGUGUCAUGCUCAUUGCGAUUCUCUUCGAGUAUUUACUUUUUUGCGUUACACUUUAUGCGUGACAAACAUGGCAGCCAAAGCAGGGAAGCAGAACCGCUCUCGAAAGACAGGAGCGGAUCAGGAUGAAGAGGAGCAUCCGCUGCAGGCUGUUCUCAUCGCGGACAGUUUUAACCGCCGAUUCUUUCCCAUCACCAAAGACCAGCCGCGGGCGCUUCUGCCGCUGGCUAAUGUCUCCAUGAUUGACUACACAUUGGAGUUUCUGACAUCUACUGGAGUCCAAGAGACAUUUGUCUUCUGUUGCUGGAUGUCCAACAAAAUCAAAGAACAUUUACAGAAGUCGAAAUGGUGUCGCCCCACAUCUCCAAACACAGUGCACAUCAUCACCUCUGACCUGUACCGGUCCCUCGGGGAUGUUUUGAGGGACGUGGAUGCCAAGGCGCUGGUCCGCUCAGACUUUCUGCUGGUGUAUGGGGACGUGGUGUCCAACAUUGAUGUUUCGCAGGCGUUACAAGACCACAGGCAGCGGCGCAAAAUGGAGAAGAACAUCUCUGUGAUGACCAUGAUCUUCAAAGAGUCCUCGCCCGGUCACAAGACUCGCUGUGAGGAAGAUGACAUCAUAGUAGCCAUGGACAGCAAGAGCAAGCGGGUUCUUCAUUAUCAGAGAGCUCAAAGCCUAAAGAAACUUCAGUUCCCUAUGAACAUUUUCCAUAGCGGGAGUGAUGAGUUUGAAAUUCGGUAUGAUCUUCUGGAUUGUCAUAUCAGCAUCUGUUCUCCACAGGUUGCUGAACUUUUCACCGACAACUUUGACUACCAGACGAGAAACGACUUUGUUCGUGGGAUUUUAGUCAAUGAGGAGAUCUUAGGAAACCAGAUUCACAUGCACGUCACUAAAGAUGGAUACGGGGCCCGGGUGUCAAAUCUUCUCAUGUACGACUCGGUCUCUUCCGACAUGAUCCGGCGCUGGAUCUAUCCCAUCACACCCGACGCCAACUUUGAGGACCAGGAAGGCCAGAGCUGUACUCACUCCAGACAUAACGUUUACAGAGAGCCGGGAGUCAGUCUGGGUCACGGCAGCCAGAUGGAGGAGAACGUGCUCAUCGGACGAAAUACAGUGAUCGGAGCAAACUGCACUAUAUCAAAUACUGUGAUUGGUGCAAACUGUGUCAUCGGGGACAAUGUGGUUCUGGACAGAGCUUAUAUAUGGAACAGAGUCCAUAUUGCCAAUGAUGUAAAAGUCCAGCAGUCGGUUAUCUGUGAUGGUGUGGAGGUGAAACAUGGAGUCACUCUCAAUGAGCAGUGUGUGCUCGCAUACAACGUGGUGGUGGGUCCUGACAUCACGCUUCCAGGUGGAACAGUUCUCUCCAUGCAUCAUCCAGACGAGGAAGAUGAAGAGGAUGAUGAUGAGUUCAUGAGCGAUGACAAUGAUAUUGGCUCCAGCAAAGACAAAAUCAAACAGAAAGUGUUUAACCCAGCAGAGGUGGGCUCAGAGGGUAGAGGAUACAGAUGGAAAACAAGCAGUGUCGAGGACAUGGAGGAAGAUGAACUCGUUGAAUGCAUUUGGGGCCUGGUGUUGAAUCCUGACCCUGAGAGUGACAGCGAGAGUGAGGUCAGUGAUGGGGCAGAUGACAUGCUUUACUCUGCAUCACCAGAACCAGAUGAUGUCAAAGUGUUUCAGAAUGAAGUUCAUGGUACGUUACAGAGGGGGCUGGAUGAAAACAUUGGCUGUGAUAAUUUGGUUCUUGAGAUUAACUCGCUCAAGUAUGCCUACAACAUUACUUUGAAGGAAGUCAUGCAGAUCUUGACCAGAGUGGUGCUUGAGUUUCCAUUUCAUCAGCAGGGAGCUCAUAUAACCACAGCACAAUACUCCUCACAUCUGCUGCCCCUGAUGAAGAAGUGGGCACCGGUUUUUAAGAACUACGUGAAGAGAGCUCAAGACCACAUGGACUGUUUGGCCUCCGUGGAGGAAGUCUUUCUGGAGCGGGACACUCAUUGGACAGCUUUGGUCAAAGUUCUGAUGAACAUGUACCAGCUGGAGAUCUUGGAGGAGGACGCCAUCAUGCGCUGGUUCUCUCAGGCCGCCACCACGGACAAGAGCCUACAACUCCGCAAGAAUCAAGGACUCCUGAAGUUCAUUCAGUGGCUGGAGGAGGCUGAAGAGUCUUCAGAGGGAGAUGAAUGAACAUCUAACCUUUUCCAAGGACCUACAGUGUGAUUUAAAAACCUAUCUGAUCAUUCAGACACCUUACAAACCUAAAACAACAUGCAUCAACACUUCUUUUUUAGGAUAAUUGCCCUUAAAAAUGACCACAAAUUCAAAGAAACUGCAGAAAAGUGGUCAUUCUUAUUUAAAAACAUUGUAAUGGCAUAGACUCAAAUAAAUUAUGAAUUUAUAAAC